AUGUGCUUAAGGGAAAGACCACAGGAAUUCAGAAAGGCAUGUCGCAGGACAGUGGGGGCAGCUGCAUCCCUCUCUGAAGCCUGGCUUAUGUGUGGAGAAGGAUUUCAGGAUACUUCUGGAAAUAUGAUAUUAACAGCUGAAAAGAAGACUAUUACAGAAAAGCACCUCGAAUUAUCCCCUAGGCCCGAGGAGGAAGAUUUCAUAUCAAACAGAGAAAAUGGACCUGCAGAGAUAACAUGGAGUUCCAGUGAAAGUGUUCUGUCAGAUGAAGGAAAGACAGUUUCUAAAUCACCAAAUGAUGAACUACAAUUUAUCGACUGGGAGAUAGACAGUGAUAAGGACGAUGCUAAUGAAUGUGAUGAAUUUGAAAAUGGUGAGAGUGCUGUGGAAAUAUCAGACUGUGUUUCUUGUGCAAGUAGUUGCUCUUUGACAAAUGAAGAGAGACUUUCGGAACUUCCCAAGACAAGUUCUACAGAAAUUUUGGAGUAUUCAUCAGAUAGUGGAAAAGACGAUGACAGAGAGAAUGCCUUGUUCGUUGACUCAGAAUCCCCUCAAAAAUGCCAUGUGGAUUUGGGAUCAGACACAAGACAGGUUACGGAGAAACUGGAAAAGCCCUGGAUAAAACCUACAGAGAGCAUUUUGUAUACACCUCAGAAACAGAUAAAUAAGUUUCAUAGGACUCCAGAAGAUUCAGCAAAAAACAGGAAAGCUAUAAGAGGUGGGCUAGCAGAAAGACUAAAGGAACUGCAGAAUCGAGAGAGAUCCACCAUUUCUUUUUGGAGACAUCAAUGUGGUUCUUACCAAAACAUACUUAAAGGUAGAAAUUCUGGUGUAUUAGUUGUGAAAAUUCUGGAGCUACAUGAGGAAUGCACCAUGCAAGUGGCCAUUUGUGAGCAGUUAGAGGGGCUACAAGGCAGUAGCCCUUCUCUUGCUGUGUUUCCCAGCCCCAGGAACUGCCUGAGGGUUCUCUUUACCAAAGAGACUGCAGACCACCUUAAAGGACAUCCCCAGGACAUUGUGCACAUCUACCCUCCCUGGCAAAAACUUAUUAUUCCAGAUGGAAGUUGCCCUGUUAUUCUGAAUACUUAUUUUUGUCAGAAAGUUAUUGCCAAAAAAGACUCAGAAACAACAAGGGUAAUUCGCUGCCGGGACACACCACUUCCAAGAAGGAGCAUCAGUUUGGCCCAAAUGUUUAGAUUUAAAGAUCUAACACCGGAAAUUCAGGUUACAUGUGGAGAUACGACCAUCAUAGAAACAGACUUGAUGAAUGAACAGGAAGAAGCAAAACGGCACUCCCCAGCCCAAACUUCCAUGAGUGAUUCUCUCUUGGAUGUGGUGGAAAACCAGGGAACCACAGCAGAGUCAGGAGUCCAGGUCCAAGUGGUGGUGCAGAGGGUUUACUUGCUUCCCGGUAGAGACAGUACAAGGAGACAGCUGGGUGCAAGCACAGGACACCACAAUCCACUUGGCUCUAGAGCCUGUCUUCUUGUACAAGAUGCUUAUGGGCUGUUUGGUGAAGUGCACUUAGAGGGCACCUUCCUGAAGCAAAGACAGUUGGAAGAGGAGUCUUGCAGUCUAGUGGGAAUGAAGAUUCUGCAGAAGCCCACAAGAGAAAGAAAUACCACAUUUGAUACUUGGAUAAUUUUAACAGAUUUUGGCAUCAGAACCAAGACCCAAAGAUGAUCACCAAGGAUCCCUGCUGUUUUGGAGAGAAAAAUAACAAAUUGUCUCUUUCCUUCUAAGAGCAAGGCUAAAAUCCCCAGCAAGUACCUGAAUGGCACUGUGGCUGGUGUGGAUGAGAGCACUGCUUUUUCGGAGCCUGCUUGUGACCAAUGUGGCAAUGGGAGAUUAGAACAGAGCCCAGAGCACAGAGGAGGAGACUUUUACUGGGGUAAAUGCUCCCAUGUUGUCACAUCUCCUGCUCUCAGAAGGCACCUGCAGGUCUUCCUGAACUGUCCCUCUAGACCGGGUGCUGCUGAAGAGUGUCCUUGGAAAGUAGGUGGGGCCAUUAAACUGCUUUGUCUGGUCCACAGCCAGCCACACAUGUUGCAUUGGAUUGGAGGAAAUCCAACUCUUAGUGCAGGGAUAGCCUCUACCACGGCACCCUGGGCUACCCAAGUGUUGAACUUUGCAGUAUAG